AUGUUCCUACAGAGGAUGAGGGCCGGACUGCCCGGUCUGAUCCCUGUGCGGUGGAGCAGAUAUAGCCCUGCGUAUGUAAAUCCAGUCACAGAUAAGGAGAAAUACAAGCGUCCUUUAGAAGAACUAAGUAAAGAAGAAAAGGAAGAAUGGGAUUUUAAAACUGUCAGUCCUAUUAAAGCAUGUGCACCCAAUCUGACUAGCUCUAUCUUCUCCGAUGAAACCAUAAGUAAAUUCACAAGCAUGAUGAUGAAGAGUGGCGAUAAGAUACUGUCAAGAUCCAUCAUGAACAAGACUUUAGAGAAAAUAAAGCGAACGCAGUUGGAGAAAUAUUACAACGCCUCCCCUAAUGAGAGGGAAAGUAUCGAAUGCAAUCCUUACAUCAUCUUUCAUGAAGCGAUGGACAACUGCAAGCCCACCAUUGGCCUCACAAGCGUCCUAAGAGGCGGGAAAUCCUAUCAGGUUCCAACACCACUGUCUGACAAUAGGCGGCGCUUCUUGGCCAUGAAGUGGAUAAUUACAGCAUGCCGAGAGCAGAAGACUAGCCGACGGAUGUAUGAUAAACUUACUGAUAUAAUCCUGCAAAGUUACAUGAACGAAGGAAGUAUUGUCAGGAAAAAAAAUGAGCUACAUAAAAUGGCCGAGUCCAACAGGGCAUAUGCUCACUUUCGCUGGUGGUAG